UUCCGUCCGCAAAACUCAAAAACUGCUUUUGCUGACUGCAUCAGAAUUUUUUGGUUGUGCAGAGGAAAAGAAAGCAGCCCAAGUGUUUCGGAACGUUAUCGGUGGUGUCGGUGUGGCAAACGAGAGGAACCAUCAUCCGCGGAACCCGAUAAGAGUCGUCGUCAUCGGCUGUGGCACCAAAUUUUGCUGGUGUGAUUGAUCGUUGGGGGGUUUGAUUCUUCGACGAGAGAGAGAGCGAGCGAUUGCGAUCGGAUUUCGACAAGGUCGGUCGGAAGAGGAGAAAAAAAGACAGGUCAGGGGAAGAGGGCGGAUUCAGUGAAGAAGAGCGAAACAGGAACCAUGAUGGAGAACAACGGAAUCGGGGACGACGAACAGCAGCAGCAGCAACAGCUUGGCCAGGGAGGGCAACCUCCGCUGUUUGACAAUGUGGACAUUACCUCGCCGGAUGACGAGAACGAUAUCUUCGAAUCGGCCAUCCAGGAACCGCUUUCGCCCGUCAUGGAGGACGUUCCGACCGACGAGGCCGGCGACGCGUUCAUCGAGAUUUCCGUGUCCGACCCGCAGAAGGUCGGCGACGGGAUGGGUUCGUAUUUGGCUUACAAAGUUUCAACCAAGACCAACAUUUUAAAGUUCAAGAAGCGCCAAUUCUUCACGAUGCGACGUUUCAGCGAUUUCCUCGGACUGCACGAUCUGCUCGUGAGCAAGUACCUGCGACUGGGGCGGAUCGUUCCGCCGGCGCCGGAGAAGAACAUCAUCGGCACGACCAAGGUGAAGAUGGGCAGCCAACCGGCGAGCGAUCCGGGAACCGGCGUCAACCUGGAGUGGGUGGAGAAUCGUCGUGCCUCGCUGGAGCGCUUUUUGAACCGGGUCGCGCAGCAUCCGUUCCUCUGCCAGGACGGGGACUUUGUCAACUUUCUCGAGAGUGACCAGGAGCUCCCGCGAGCGGUCAAUACAGCCGCGCUGAGCGGUGCCGGAGUGAUGAGACUGUUCAACAAGAUGGGCGAAACGGUGAACAAAAUUACGUACAAGAUGGACGAAACCGAUCCGUGGUUCAACGACAAGAUCACCGAGGUGGAGACGAUCGACGCGCACAUGCAGAAGCUGCACUCCGCGAUCAAGGCACUGGUCACGCACCGGCGCGAACUGGCCACCCUCACCGGUGGCGUUGCGAAAUCAGCCGCCCUGUUGAGCACGUGCGAGGAACACACCGGCCUCUCACAGGCGCUGUCCCAGCUCGCAGACGUGGAGGAAAAGGUCGAGCUGCUGCGCUCCGAGCAGGCCAACUCCGACCUGUACAUUCUAUCCGAAACCAUCAAGGACUACAUCGGGCUGUUUGGGGCGAUCAAGGACGUGUUUCACGAGCGCGUCAAGGUGUUCCAGAACUGGCAGCACGCCCAGAUGCAGCUGACGAAAAAGCGCGAAAAUAAGGCAAAACUGGAACUGCAAGAGCGGCGGGACAAGCUGGACUUUGCCCAGAAGGAGGUUGAAGAGUGGGAGGCCAAGGUGCAGCGCUGCCAGAAGGAGUUUGACAACAUUAGCGCCGAGAUCAAGAAGGAGAUGGAGCGCUUCGAGCUGACGCGCGCCCGCGACUUCAAGUCGACCAUCAUCAAGUACCUGGAGGACCAGAUGGCGCACCAGCAGCAGCAAAUGAAGUACUGGGAAGCGAUCGUGCCCGUCGCCAAAGAGAUUGCAUGAGACGAACUGACGGCGACGAUGAAAAACACCACAUGCGACGACGACGACGACGACGAUGAGGACGGCGGCGAUCACGAGAACAAUAGCAGAAAGCUAGCAAACACGCUGCGCCUCUCGAUCAAUCUCGCCGACGCCAAUGCUAGAAUUUCAUAGAUUUCCCCCCGCAGUCCUCUUCACAAACUCAUUGAUUCUACUUUAGCGCCAGUCAGUUUACGAACAGCAUCGUCAUCAUCAUCGUCAGUUAUAGAAAGUUAGGACACGCGUUUUCUUCUAUUGUUUCCCGGAAGCAACAGCAACAGAUUGAGAGGGAGAGCUCAUUUUGAGGAUUUAUUUUUCGCGAAAAGCACACGAAAAGACCAAUGAAAAGAUUGAAUUUUUUUACCGCCCCCUUUCCCUCAAGUGUGUGACAGUGUUGUGUAAAUAUUCGGCUCGGUUUUCUCGAGGUUGUCGGAUGGCCGAUUAGCACUUCGAGAGGGAGAAUCCAUAGUGAAACUGUGUACAUAUUAAGUGGUAGAAGUGAGAGAGCCCCUCAACCCAGCACGAAAUUAGACUAGCUAGACUAGAUAAGAGCAUGAAACAUUAACACACAGAAACAGAACAUUAAUCAAAGUACUUUUGUCCAGUGUGUCCCUCCUCGAAUGAUCACGCGAGCGUGAAACUGUGCAUGAACGAAACUCGUAGAAUGAUAGGAAAUUGUGUAAUUUGUUAAGCGACGAGCGCUGCGGGUUCCUUUUUUCCGGUCAAAAGUUAUUAAUUUUUUCACAAAGUGAGUAGAAAAUUGGCUUGAAAUUAUAAAUAAUACGCAUGUAAUGAAGUAUUAUAAA